AUGCUUGGUGUUUGCCUGGCCCAGACAGUGAAUGACGCGCUAGAUCUGCCGAAUGCUGAUGCCACCUACUGGUCCGACUCGAUGAACGUGCUUCGUUGGGUGAGAACACCAUGCAGAAAGUUUAAAGUCGACGUGGGCAACCGGAUAGCUGAAGUACAAGAGUAUUUAGCUGGCAGCCAGUGUAACCACGUUCCUGGAAAGCUGAACCCAGCCGACAAGGGCACCAGAGGCUUGACAGCAGCCAAGCUAGCCAGUGAAUCAGUAUGGUGCAGGGGCCCCGAGUUCCUCGUCCAGCAGCACAAUCAGUUGCCCUCUCGUCAGAUAACCGUGCCAAAAGAGUUGCCCGGAAUGGUAAAGCGAGCGCAAGUGAUGGCGUUCGCUGUGCAGCAAGUUUCAGCGGAGGUGUUUCGUCUCCACCCCGACAACUACUCGUCAUGGAAACGACUAGUAAGAUUGAUGGCCUGGUGCUACCGUUUCAUCAACCGGUGUCGUCGACGUCAUGCUAGCACGAGAGGGGAUCCGGAAGCAGCAGUUACAGCAGUCGACUCUGUGGAGCUGAAGUCUGAUGAGCUCCAGCGUGUCGAAUGUCACUGGUAUGCGAUUGCACAAGCAGAGAGCUAUCCCGCUUCGUAUUGGCAGCUGACGUCAGGGAAGUCCCUUGCAGCGAAUGACCCGCUGCUACGGCUGAAUCCAGUGCUCGACAAGGACUACCCGUGUGUGCUACGCGUUGGAGGUCGUCUGAAGACUGCCAGCCACUUGCCUGAGCAUACCCGGCAUCCGAUAAUCUUGCCCCAGCACCAUCGCAUUACUCAGUUGAUAGUCGACACCGAAGAUCGCAAGGGUGAUCACAGUGUGGGCCCAAACCACCUCUUGGCAAACCUGAUGCUGCGGUUGUGGAUCAUCUGUGGCAAGGUUGUCGCACGAUCUCACCGUGCACACUGCGUGCUCUGCAAGAAGAAGUGGGCCACUGUGGCUUUGCAGCAGAUAGCACCGCUCCCGCUAUUCCGAACAGCUCGUCAGGGAAGCCGCUGCUAUGGCUGA